GCCCUUCGGAAUUGUGCUCCUACUCUGAUUACUGAACGUCAAAUAAAAAUGUUAUAAUGACCAAUGCAGACAGUUCCAGUGUUGGAGAAAUAAAAGUUUCAGGACUGGGAUUUGUAAUUAUCGAACCAGACCUCUGUAAUUUUAAUUUCGUGAUCGCAUCAACAAAGGGAACCGUUGAACUUGCAAACGCCAGUGCCAAAAAACGAUAUGAUUACACUGAACAAGAGCUUAGAAACAGACGUUUUAAGUCAGCGAAUGUCGUUCAAAAAGCCGAUGUUGUCCACGAAGACACUGUGUUUACGUCCAUUUUUGUGUUUGAUGUGUCGCAGGCGGACAUUGAAGAGUCUAGAGGAUUGCUACAACAUUUGCAGGCAAAACUGGGGAGGUAUUUUCAGCUCGGCGACCUUUCAUGUUAUGCAUCGGAAGAAAAAAUCUCAACCAUGAGACGUUCCGCAGUCAAAAUGGCUGUGAAUGAUGCCAAAAACAAGGCGGAAAUUAUCGCAUCGGCGUUUGGCCAACGCAUCCGAGGCUUGGUCAGGGUAACGGAAACGGAAACUGCAAUACAGAGCAUCACAGAGGAAGAACGUGCUCUCCCGCCCCGCAGAAGUGUGCUGAUGGACUUGAGCUCAGCUAUCAGAGCAGCGCGACAGAGGUUGUGUGUCCGGCUCGAUGCCGUGUGCGCACUUGGUGAAUUCACGCGAUGAUGAUGAUGCACAGACUUUAGUUGUCUACACUCUCACCGUACUCAAAACAUGGUUUCCAUAAUCUAUUACUUGAGUCGCUUAAUGAAGAAGCAACUCAAACGCGUAGCUGACACUCCAUGUUUUUUCGCAUACUGGGAUUCCUUGUAUGGUAUAUUGAUUACUUUCGAAGUGUCCAAUAGCGUGAUGACUAAAAACGGUGCUGCAUACUCCCAACGCAGAGAACAUACGAAAACUGUUGUGUUAUCUGUACAUACAGUAUAAACCCAAUGCUGAAAUAUC